AUGAUGAACCCGUUGAUGGAUCGUCAAGAUGUUCCCCUAGAUGGGGUGCCGAUGGCCCCAAGAAAGCGAGCCUCAUCUACACGGACAGCACGAACAAAUGCGGAUUGGCAGAAAGAACUGAUUCAAAUUUACUCGACGCUCUUCAAGAGUCGGGCCGAAGGUCAAAGACUGAGUCUGCGGGCUUAUUGCUACCAGAAUGAUUUGUCUGGUCAGUACUGCCGCAUAUCUGCCAUUUGGAAGAAAUUGAGCCUUGAAAAUGAUCUUUCAAACAACUUGCUGCCAACAAACGAAGGCCUUCUUGCCAAAAUCAACCAACAAUUUCCCGUUCCAGUCGCUGGCAAUGACAACGAAGCACCCAGUAUUGUCGUAGACAAGACAAGAAAACGAGACAAUAAGAACACGACAAGGACCAAGGAAGAAUGGCGAGCCUUGAUGCUGGAUAUUUUCUAUUUCCUGUCGAGCGCCAAAGCCAGCCAGAGGAAAGAAUCCGUGCACUCAUAUUGUGUGAAAGUUCUCAAAUCAGAUCAGUCCUAUCGGCGGGUUGUUGAUGUUUGGAGGCAGCUAGAUCUAGAAAAGGACUUGGCAGCUGGUGUGGCACCGAAUGAUCCUCAAAUCACAGGAAAGCUUGACAGCAGAUUUCCACUUGAGCCAAAAGAAAAGCAGCGGAACGGACGAGACCUACGCCCUUCUUCGAAUUCUUACUUCGAUCAAGGGGAAGAAGAGAUGAUACAAGAGUGCGUUGCUGGAUUUGCCAGGGCUGGCUUUCCCUUGGAGAAGGUGAACCUGAUAAACUAUGCUUCUGCGUAUUUGGAAGCUGAGGGUAUGGACACAAGCAACAAUGGAGGCCCCAGCAUUGAUACUAUUGAGCGACUGUACAAAGAGGGUCGUUUGAAAGCCAUGGCCAAUGUCAAUCCAAUCGAUCCCAAAAGAACCGCACAAGCAGCGCCUGAAGUACUGAACGCUCAGUAUCAUCAACUUGACAACUGGAUUGCCAUUGCGCACGAAAUCAACCCAUCUGCGUGGCCCGAAUGCAGGUAUGCCAACAUUCCACCGACACGAAUAUACAACACGGAUGAGCAAGGUCCAAACCCAACAGCAUUGAGGAAUCCUGUUCUCAUUCCCAAAGAUAUGUUGGAGGGUAGAGACAGGUUAUUCCAAAACACAAGAGAAGGAGACGGAAAGAUGCAAUUCCACUACAGCGUAGCCAACAUUGUCCGUGCUGAUGGGGCUCAAUGCCAUCCUCUUGAGUGUGUUGAAGGUGCACCAGCACCUUACUUGUUGAUUUCGGACGGAUCAAGUACCAGCGAACUCGAUGGAAUGGAUAAAGCAAACCGCGAUCGACUCCUCGCAAAUCAAAGUGAGAACGACACUAUCCAAUUGAAUCCUGGCGUGUACGGAGGUUGGUUUGAUAGCUUUCAAGCUGGCAAGAAUGAUGCUCUUGUUAACCCUUUUGGGUUUCAAGUCAGGACCACGCCAACUGGGAGUAUGCUGAAGAGGACAUUCUUCGAUUUCCUUCUGCACUUCGCGAAACAGCUUCCCCAUGAUCAAGGGCCGAAUGGAAUGGGUGUGGUGCUCUUUUUGGAUUGGCACUGUUCAAGAGAGUGCCCACAAUCUCUAUUAUCCGCCUUCUUUCUUUACAAUAUCCUCAUCUUUGUACUCCCAUCAAAGACCAGUAUCUGGGCACAAUCUUGUGACAACGGAAAGAACGAACUAACAGCCAAAGACAUCUCCCAAGUGGCACACAACCUUGGUUUGAUGGUGGGAUCUGCUCUCGACUACAGAGACGCGAAUAAGAUCUUCAGAGGUGGUCUAGAGAAGAAUUGCCUUGAACAAAAUGAUGAACUCCGUCGUACUGGAACAAACGCUGUGGUUAGCAGCUUCAGAAAGACUGGUCUCUACCCGAUGGAUUAUGACAAUGAAGGAUGGCAAGCAGCAAUCAACAAUUUUGGCAAGCUCAAUUCCCUCAUUAAGGAGCAAAGGAAGGAAGCUGGAGAGCAGUUGCCAGAUAAAGUGUGGGUUUCAAAAGCCCUGCCAAAGGAGAAUCGCGGACCAUUGCUUCAAAGCGAAGAAGACGCAAUCCGUGCAUUCCUUCCAUUGGAUGAUUUUCUUGUCGGAAGUGCCGACAAUGGAGUCGAUGAGAGCUCAAGCAAUCAUGGCCUGUCAAUGAAAGAAAUGCCGUUAAUCUGCUUGGCGAUGGCAAUUGGAGAUUAUCUCAUUGGCAAAUACACACUCGACCACGAAAGAGAUCUUUCACGGCCUCCCUCACCACAAGAAGAUUAUGAACAUGCCGCGAUGAAAUUGAUUGAAUUCGUGGCUGUGACGCCUGAGAACCGUGUCGACACGACUUGCACCUUGAGCGACGAAGCUAUUGCUAGUCACAGACUCAGGUCGAAGCUCUCAUUGGUUAAGUUUGGGUUCGCCAUUGUCCUUCGAAGAAAAGCUGACAACAAGACAAUCAACUUGACAAAACAAAAAGCUGACACCUUCAUUGCCUUGGACAAUGAACGGCGACUCAGUCGAAACUUGGCCCCAAUUAGCGUCCAUGACAUUCUCGACCAAUGCUAUGAUGCAGCAGACGACGACAAGUACACUCUGACAGUCAAAGACAAGAAGAAAUGCCGAAAGAAGCACCGAAUUGCAAGGAAGAAGCUUAACGACUUGCUGUAUGACGAAGCAAAGGAAGUAGCCGGUGACCGGCGACUGAAGAGGAAUCUCAGCAGCAUUGCAGAUCGUCUAUCAACAAAGAGACCGCGGUUUUUCUCCAAGCUGAAGUCGAUUAUGGAAGAGGAAGAGAUCGAACUCGAAGACGUUUAUGCGGAAUUCGAAGACGUAGCUCUUGAGCCUUUCUCAGACACGGUUUCUGUUGAACGGGGAGAUACAACAAAAGAGAUAGACGUUUCGUUUGGGGGAAGAGAUGUGUUGGCUGUAUCGCACAAGAUGGAAACGACGCUCAUGAAGGUUAUGGUCGAACUGAAAGCAAAGAUGGGUGAGAAAGAAAAGCGCAAACGAAGAAGAUAUCCCUGCCAAUCAACCCACUUAGGCAAGUCUGGUAUUGUCGCCGGAAUCCUCAUUCAAAGACAAGUGAAAGAAGAGGAGCUCAAAGCAGCUGAGAAACAAGAAAAAGGACUAACGGAUGAGAUAGAGCGGAUGCGAUCAAUCGUCGACAGUGCAAAGGGUCUUGCUCAGCAGCUGCCGGACACUCAUUGGCAUUGGGACAAAGUCAAAGGCGACAAAAGGAAGAUUCUAGCUAAGCUUUUUGGCGUCUACAAGUCCAGUGCGAAAGCUGAUGAGCUGAAGCUUGCCCUCAAGAGUCUGAACCUAUCGAAGCAAGCGUACGAAAGCAAACUAGAAGAGCUGGAAAGUUUAUUGGCCAAGAAAAGACAUGACCUUCCACCGAUGAUAGCAAACCGAAGAGAGCAAGAAGACUUUCUUGAUAGCACAAAGGAAUACGUGGACGCUUCCACAGCCACUCGCGAGAACGAUGAGAGCGAUGAAGAGGACUGA